GGCAGCCUGGCGAGGAGCAGCACGAGUGUAAACAAACAGACACACUGGACGAGGCAGACGGACGCACUAGUGUUUUUGGCUGUAAGCUGGAAACAAAGACAGAAAACGAUUUAAAACCACAAGGGAAGGAAGGCCAAGGUGUAGAGACUAAUGAGAAGCGGUACAAGGGGUCGGAGAUACACCCAAGGAGGAGGAGGGGAGUGUUGAGGGGCCUGGCUUGCUGAGGGUUGUGUCUGGUGGUGUCCCGCGCCGCCUCGAGGCCAUGGAGGACCUCUAUAAACUCGAGAAGCUCUCCCUGGUGUCCAAGAUCUGCGUGGAGCUGGAGAACCACCUGGGCAUCAACGACAAGGACGUGGCGGAGUUCAUAAUUUCCCUCGCUGAGGCCAACAAACGCCUCGACAAAUUCAAGAAGGCACUUGAAGAAAAUGGAGGAGACCAAUUUGCAGAUUCAUUUGUUGAGAGCCUUUGGAGACUGAUCCAGCACAUGAUGCCGUCCUUGACCCAAACCACCCCGGGCAUGAAGGAAGAAGACCUCAAACCCAAGUCUGAAAAGGACAGGAAGAGAGCCAUGCUGCCCUUCCUCUCCUUGCCCAACGAUCCCAAAGUCCGUAACAUGCUGGACGAUGAGCUGAAACCGCCCGUCAAACCAAAGGAAGAGCCAGUCGAGAUAACCAAGCCCAAGGAAAAGGAAAAGGAAAAGGAGCGAGAAGUAAAGACCGAGCGGAAGAGGAAGAGCGAGAAGGAUCACGAACGGGAGAAAGAGAAGGAUAGGAAGCCCAUCAAGAAGGAACCAGGACCUGAGGCGGGGAUGGACGACCUGAUGGCAUUUUUGGAGUCCCAGGCGCCAUCCAAGCAAACCGAAACCAGCAGUGACGCAAGGGACAGCCGACGGAGGGAACGAACCCGCAGCCGCAGCCGAGAACGCAGGAGGUCGAGAAGCCCCACAAAGCACAAAAGUAGCAAGAGGGAACGCAGCCGCAGCCGUGACAGGGGAAGAAGGAGAAGCCGCAGCAGAGAACGACGGAACCGAAGCAGCAGUAGGGAGAGACGAGAUGACAGCCGCGAGAGGAAGCGAGAUGACAGCCGCGAGAGGAAGCGAGAUGACAGCCGCGAGAGGAAGCACAACAGGGACAAGCACGGCAGUAGGAAGGAGCGCCACAGGAGGAACAGAAGCAGGUCGCGCAGCAGGGAGAGGGAGAGCAAACGACGCAGCAGGAGCAGAAGCACGGAGAGGGGGUCGGGGCGGAACAGCCACGCCUCUAGUAAUAGGGAUAUGUUUGUGAACCGCCCGCCUGAUGAGAAUCCUGUUGUUGGGAAGGUGUACGAAGGGAAGGUCACCAACAUCCUGAACUUUGGGUGCUUUGUGCAGCUGGAGGGUCUGCGGCGGCGGCUGGAGGGGCUCGUGCACAUCUCCCAGCUGCGGCGGGAAGGGCGGGUCACUAAUGUGUCGGACGUGGUGGUGCGGGGACAGAAAGUGAAGGUGAAGGUGCUGUCCUUCACGGGCCAGAAGACGUCCCUCUCCAUGAAGGACGUGGACCAGGACACCGGGGAGGACCUCAACCCCAACGUGGCGCCCAUGGGGGUGAGCAGCGUGGAGGAGGACACCAUGAGGAACCCUGACAGGCCCAUGUCCCUCAUGGAGCUGACCAAAGGGACUGAUGAGGAGGACCUUGCCACAUACAAGCGCGUCAACCGCAUCUCCUCACCCGAGCGCUGGGAGCUGAAGCAGAUGAUGGCGGCAAACUGCAUCAGCAAGUCAGAGAUGCCAGACUUUGAUGAGGAGCAGGGAGUCAUGGGCGGCGAGGACGACGACGAGGAGGACGUGGAAAUCGAGCUGGUGGAGGAAGAACCGGCAUUCCUGCGAGGGUACGGCCGAGUGAGGGAAGAACUGAGCCCCGUGCGGAUCAUGAAGAAUCCUGACGGUUCUCUCGCCCAGGCCGCCAUGAUGCAGAGCGCCCUCGCCAAGGAACGAAGGGAGGUGAAGAUGGCCCAGAGGGAGAGCGAGAUGGAUUCCCAACCCUCGAACCUAGGCCAGAAUUGGAACGAUCCACUCCCCGAGAUCCAGCGCAACGACUCCGCCAUGUCCAGAGGCUUGACGUCACAGCAGCAAGAGGUGCCGGAGUGGAAGAGGCACAUCACAGGUGGAACCCGAGGAUCAUACGGCAAGAAAACCAACAUGACCAUCCUGGAGCAGCGGCAGAGCCUUCCCAUCUACAAGCUGAGGGACGAGCUGAUCAGGGCCAUCGACGGGAACCAGAUCCUCAUUGUCGUGGGGGAGACAGGCUCUGGGAAGACCACACAGAUGACACAGUACUUGGCGGAGGCCGGGUUCACUGCCAAGGGAAAAAUAGGUUGUACCCAGCCCAGGCGAGUGGCAGCCAUGUCCGUAGCAAAGAGAGUAUCGGAAGAGUUUGGGUGUCGGCUGGGCCAGGAGGUCGGCUACACCAUCCGUUUUGAGGACUGCACCAGCUCAGAGACGGUCAUCAAGUACAUGACAGAUGGUAUGCUGCUGAGGGAGUGUCUCAUCGACCCCGACAUGUCCAGCUACGCCUGCAUCAUGCUGGACGAGGCUCACGAGAGGACCAUCCACACUGACGUGCUCUUUGGUCUCCUGAAGCAGGCGGUGGCUAAACGACCAGAGCUGAAGCUUAUUGUCACGUCGGCCACUCUGGAUGCCGUCAAGUUCUCUGAGUACUUCAACCAGGCGCCAAUCUUCACCAUCCCUGGCCGCACCUUCCCCGUGGAGAUCCUGUACACCCGAGAGCCGGAGACGGACUACCUGGACGCCUCCCUCAUCACUGUCAUGCAGAUCCACCUCUCUGAGCCUCCCGGGGACAUCCUGGUCUUCCUCACUGGCCAGGAGGAGAUUGACACAGCCUGCGAGCUGCUGUACGAGCGGAUGAAGGCCCUCGGAAGUGACGUGCCGGAGCUCAUCAUCCUGCCGGUCUACUCCGCUCUGCCGUCGGAGAUGCAGACAAGAAUCUUUGAGCCGGCUCCUCCAGGCUCCAGGAAGGUUGUGAUUGCCACCAACAUCGCAGAGACGUCCCUGACCAUUGAUGGCGUCUAUUAUGUGGUGGAUCCAGGGUUUGUGAAGCAGAAGGUGUACAACCCCAAGACAGGCAUGGACUCCCUCAUGGUGACGCCGGUGUCCCAGGCCGGCGCCAAACAACGGGCAGGCCGGGCAGGACGCACAGGCCCAGGCAAGACCUACCGCCUGUACACUGAGAGAGCUUACAGGGACGAGAUGCUGCCCACCAGUGUGCCGGACAUCCAGCGGACCAACUUGGCCUCCACGGUGCUGCAGCUGAAGGCCAUGGGAAUAAACGACCUUCUAGGCUUCGACUUCAUGGACCCUCCACCCACAGACGCUAUGGUCAUGGCUCUGGAAACACUCCACUCCCUCAGUGCCCUGGAUGACGAGGGGCUGCUGACCAGGCUGGGGAGGAGGAUGGCAGAGUUCCCGCUGGAGCCCAACCUUGCCAAGAUGUUGAUCAUGUCUGUCCACCUGCAGUGCUCCGACGAGAUCCUCACCAUUGUCUCCAUGUUGUCCGUGCAAAAUGUAUUCUACAGACCCAAGGAGAAGCAAGCAUUAGCGGAUCAGAAGAAAGCAAAGUUCAAUCAGGCAGAAGGUGACCAUCUCACGCUGCUAGCCGUGUACAACUCUUGGAAGAACAACAAGUUCUCCAACGCUUGGUGCUACGAAAACUUUGUCCAGAUGCGCACACUCAAGAGGGCACAAGACGUGAGGAAGCAGCUCCUUGGCAUUAUGGACAGGCACAAGCUGGAUGUGGUGACCUGCGGGAAAAAUGUUGCUCGUGUACAGAAGACCAUCUGCUCGGGCUUCUUCAGAAAUGCAUCCAAGAAGGACCCGCAGGAAGGCUACCGGACGCUGGUGGACUCCCAGGUGGUCUACAUUCACCCGUCAUCAGCUCUUUUCAACCGGCAGCCUGAAUGGGUCGUUUACCAUGAGUUGGUCCAGACAACCAAGGAGUACAUGAGGGAGGUGACCACCAUCGACCCCAAGUGGCUGGUGGAGUUUGCACCGUCUUUCUUCAAGCUCGGCGACCCCACCAAGCUCAGCAAGUACAAGAAGAACCAGAGACUGGAGCCUCUCUACAACAAGUACGAGGAACCCAACGCCUGGAGGAUAUCCCGAGUGCGGAGGAGGAGGAACUAAGGGUCACUGGGCUCAAUUGUGUUCCUUUGCUAUUCCAUUUUCUCACCAACCUCUCAUCUUCCCCCUGGGGGCUGGGUGGCUCUGUGGGUAUGGAGCUCAACUCAUGACCAUAAGGUUAUAAGCUUGAUCCUAGCUCAUUGCAGCUUCUUGGUGAGAGGCAGCACUCUUUAAACCCCAGCAGAGCUGUAUGGUCUUUGCUGCCUGACUUGGGAGGAGGGUUUUUAUUCACCUUCCACCUUUUACACAGUUAAUGUGUUUUACUGUAAAUUAAGACUGCAGAGUAGUCUAUAAUAAUUACUGUGAAACUAUUUAUUGUAAAAACUAUUAAACAAACUUUUGUAUAA